AUGAGUAGUGAUCCAACAGAAUCGACCGACAAUCAAUCAAUGAAUGCGUCACAGAUUCAACCAAAAGAAAUCACAGUCGAAGAAUAUUCCGAUCUUGUUGCAAAGUGGCAACAAGCAUAUUAUACCUGGAAUGUCAACUGUAUGAGCUAUCACAAUAUGAUGGUGUUAAGAUCCUCUCAACAAUUUUUUCAACAAAUUCCUAUACUUACCAGUACCAAUCUAAUAGCAAUGAUUACAGAAAAUAAUCGACUUACCAUAUUGGAUCCACUGACUGAAAUACGCAAUGCACGCCUCAAAGUAGCACCUGUAUGGCGUCGGUUCAUCGCUGAAACGAUUGAUUUCGUCCUUCUACAUAUUUUGAAGAUCCUCGUCAUUUUCCUUCUUUCGACUUAUUUCGAUAUAAUUGACGAAAGUCGUCUUACGUUAACUUAUAUCAUCUCAAAUUUACUCUACGACGAAGCAUUUUCCUUUCCAAUGGAACUAAUUUGUAUUGAAUUUACUUACAUAGUAGCCAGUAUUACUUUUGAAAGUUUUUGUCUCACACGAUACGGUGCUACGCCAGGUAAACGUCUUCUUCGUCUACGUGUACUCAAAUGUGAUCAUUUACAAAUGCAAGACAAUGGUGAUUUAAUUAUUGAACCAGGAACGAUGCUCAACACUACAGCAGCAUUUACUCGAUCAUCAUUCAAAAGCCUUAUGUCAAUCUUUCUCCUUCCAGCAGUUAUUGUCGCUCUAAUGACUUCUCAACAUCGCCAAACAAGUUAUGAUAUGGCUGCUAAUUCUGUCGUUGUUGAACUUGAAUCACGUGAAUGA